AUGAAUUUUUUUUAUAAAAAUAAUGAGACAGAUGCUUUAAAAGAUCUUCUUGGCCCAAAGUCUUUGUACGUUUAUGCAAAAAGAAAAAAAGUUAUUAAAAAAACAUAUUCUGAAAUAUUAGAUAUUAUUGAACAUAUGAAAUUAUUAAAACAAGAAUUACCAGAUACAACGUUUUCAUUAGACAAUAAAUUACUUAUAAUGAAGGCAGGUGAUUUUAUUCCUUCUUUAGUAUCUGCAGAUGAAUUGUUUUUGAUUGCUAGAAUUAUGCUAAAAGCACCGGUGUCUGAAUUGAUUUUAGAGAAAAAAAAAGAUUUUUGUAAGUUUCUUAUUCAAAUAGCGUCAUUAAAAGGAAGUGAUUUAGCAAUGUUAUACAUUGCUGAAAAAAAAAUGAAAUCUGGUUCAUCUAGUGAAUUACAUGAGGCUUUGUAUAUUUAUAGAAAUCUUUCAAUUAAAGGAAAUACAAAAGCAUUACUAGUUCUUGGAAAUCUUUCUUUGAAACUAAAUAAUAAUAAGCAAGCAGAAAGAUUCUAUCUUAAAUCUAUUGAAGGAGGAAAUUCAGAUGCUAUGGUUUCUUUAGCUGUUCUUAAAAAACGCAUGGGAGAAGAUAAAGAAGCAAAGUAUUGGUUUAUUCAUAAUCCUAAUGGACAUUUUGGAAGAUCUCUUUAUACAUCAGAUGAAGAGAGUUUGAAUUAUCUUUUACAAGCAGCAUCUAAUGGCGUUUUAGAAGCAGCUCAUAAUUUAGGUACUAUAUAUAGAAAAAAAGGCGAUAUUUUAUUUUCUAAAGAAUGGUAUGAAAUAGCAGCUUUUUCUGGGUUUCAAAUAAGUCAAAUGAAUUUAGCAAGAUUAUAUGAAGAAGAAAAAUCUUUUGAUAAAUCACUAUUUUGGGUAAGAGAAGCCCAAAAACAAGGAGGAAAUAUAGCAAACGAAGCAAAAGAGUUUGAAAAUGAAUUGUUGAAAAAAUAUCCUUAUUUAAAAAAAAACAAAACUUUAAUAAAUUUGCUGUAUUGCGUUAUGUUACAAAAUUUAUUAAAAAAUUUCUUAAUAUGUUACACAAUAAAUGCUAUAUAA